AUGUCAAAAAUUAAUGUCAAUGUUUUGGCAAUGAAUUUGCUAAUUGCCAUAGCAUUGUUGAUUGCAUUGUUUUGUGGUGUAAAAGCUACUGUAAUAUGUGACUUUGACUUAAACAAGCUAGACAUAUGCCAUGCAGCAAUUAAUGGAAAACACCCUCCAAAACCAAAUGCAAAAUGUUGUGAAGUAAUUAAACAUGCUAAUUUGCCUUGUCUUUGUACAUUCAAGUCUUUUCUACCUGCACUUGGAAUCAACCCUAAAAAAGCUUUGGCUUUGCCUAGAAAAUGUGGUCUGAAAACACCAUCUGAAUGUAGAUGUAAGCCUGAAUAG